CGAGCCUGGCCCGAGGAAAGUUAUGCCCGAGCUACCGCCGCCUCGGAGGGACACCGGGACCAACAGUGGGACUGGAAGCGGAACCAGGGCCAGAAGUGGCACCGGGACUGACACCAGUAGCGGCACGGGGAGCCGAAGUCCCUCGGGGCGGCCUCUCCCAGCCCCGCUGCUCUCGGUGCCGCGGAUGACCCUGAACGAGAAGACCCCGCUGCGGAGGAGGGCCAGCACCCCUCUGCCCCAGCCGGGGGUGCCGGGGACCACCCCGCAGGGCCAGCCCGGCCACCCUCAGCUUGGCUACUCCGCGUCCGAGCCGGGCAGCAGGGCUGAGGCCCCCCGGGACAGCUGGUCCUCCGAGUCCUCGGGCUCCUCCAGUUCCUGGGAGUCCCGGUACUGCGUGGUGCUGCUGGGCGACCCCGGCGUGGGCAAGACCAGCUUGGUCAACGUCUUCGCCGGCAUCCAGGAGCGAGACCUGCUGGAGCAGCACGGAGAGGCUGCGUACGAGCGCACACUGACCGUGGAUGGCGAGGAGACCACGCUGCUGGUGAUGGACUGCUGGGCACCCGAGCAGCGGGGUGAGGGGAGCUGGCGCCGCAACCAGUGCCUGCAGGUGGGGAACGCCUACGUCCUGGUCUACUCCAUCACCGACCGGGGCAGCUUCGAGAGCGCCUCAGAGCUGCGCAUCCAGCUGCGCCGCGCGCGGCAGGCUGAGGACAUCCCCAUCAUCCUGGUGGGGAACAAAACCGACCUGGUGCGGUGCCGAGAGGUCUCUGUGGAAGAGGGCCGUGCCUGUGCCGCUGUGUUCGACUGCAAGUUCAUCGAGACGUCGGCAGCUCUGCAGCACAACGUGGCCGAGCUGUUCGAGGGGGUGGUGCGGCAGAUCCGCCUGCGCCGCGGGGGAAGGGAGCCCCACGCGCGCCCCGUGCCCGGCCACAAGCGCAAGGAAAGCCUCACCAAGAGAGCCCGGCACUUCCUCGACAGGCUGGCGGCCAGGAACAGCAGCAAAGUGGCCCUCAAAGUCCGCUCCAAGUCCUGCCAUGACCUAUCCGUGCUCUGAGAGCCUCUGCCUUCUCCCCUUCCCUCCGCACACAGCCUGGGACUCUCCUCUCUGCCAGUAGCGUGGCCAGUGGCUUCAUGGAGAGCACAGACAGGGCCGGAUUGAUGCUGAGGACAUGGAGCCAUUCUAACGGGUGCUGAAGGAUGCCCAGGGUGCUCUGGAUCCAGCCACUUCCCCUACAGGAUGGGGGGACAAGUGGGUCCCCUGGGCUGCACCCGUGGAGCAGAGGGUGGGGCAGGCACCUGCUCUUGGUGGGAUCUUGGAUGCUUCUGGGGAGCUGAAGGUGAGGGGUGGCCAUGUCCUGGUGCAGGAGCUGGGAGCACGGCCAGUCCCACUCAUGGUGCCCGGCAGGGACCAUCAAGGGCACCAUUGCGGUGUCCAGCUCAGGGACACCCUGGAGCCUGGCCAGGGAGAGGAGCCAGGGGAGCACUGGCAGCAUUGCCUUAUCCCCCCCUGGCCUCUCUGUGCCAGGGCUUUGUACCACAUCUGCCUGGCACCAGUGCUUCUCAGACUGAGGUUUUUCUGCUGUCCCUGCACUGGUGCCAUGGGGAAACCCUCCACCUGCAGAAUAAACCACCUCAGGGAGGUGCUGGUCCCUGCUCUGCCGUGGGGAGCCACUCAAGCCCAAUUCCUUGCUCAUGGCUGCAGCGGAAGACCUGCUCCAGCUCCAUCUUCCAAAAUAUCUCUGGGCUGGGAGCGCGUUCAUCCACCUUUGACAGAAGUUUCUGUUCCUAAAUCAGCUGUAACAGCAUCAUCCCCGGUGAUAGCAGAAGACCCCGACAUUCCCUGCGCCUCCCGGCUCCCGGUUGGCUCCGGAAAAGCCUCUGGAAAGGUCGAAGCUCUGCUGAAAUGCACGUCUCAGGCCCCGAGCACCGUGGGAGCCGCAGGGAGCUGGGCGCUGGGUGGCUCCCGGUGCCCGGGAAGGGGCAGGGAGGCAGGAGCUGAGCAGCGCGGCACAGCCGGGAAGGGACGUGCUUGGCUGCAGCUCAGGGAGUGACCCCGGGCAGCCGGGGAGGCGACGCUGGAGCCGCGGGGGCUCUGCCGGUUGUUUUUAGGCUGCGCUGCCGGCGAGCAGCUGGGAUGCUGCGGUGUAACCGGCUCAG